AUGGUCGAACUCGACUCCUCACUUCACCUGUCAAGGCCGCUGGGCCCGGCUGCAGGAUACCAAACCUCGACCACCCCUCUCACAGUCGUAAUUCAGCCACAAGCGCUAUUCUCGAUCCUUGACCACAGUUCUCGACGACCGCCAGAUCAACAUCGUGUAAUCGGUACCCUACUUGGCACUCGCAGCGACACCGAUGACAGUUCCGUCACAAUACACUCCGCAUUCGCGGUUGGCCAUACCGAAACCACAGAUCAGGUCGAGGUGGAUAUGGAGUAUCAGAAAGCAAUGUUGGCACUACACAUGCGAGCAAAUCCCAAAGAAGUACUGGUAGGAUGGUAUGCGACAAGUUCGGAGCUCAACACGUUUUCGGCAUUGAUUCAGAACCACUACAGCAGUCAAGGAGAGGGCACAUAUCCAUACCCGGCCGUGCACUUGACGGUCGCUAGCCAGGCUGGAAAAGAUGUGGAAGUUCGAGCAUACAUUUCCUCCGCUGUGGGAGUGACACCUGAAAGAGCGGCCGAUAGUGCAGCAUUCAUCCCUGUACCACACUCGAUCGCAUACGACGCUGCGGACGUAAGUGCCAUCGACUCACUAGGAGGUGCACGAGACGCCGAGAACAGAACGACAAACAUCCUUACAGACAUCGAGACACUGGAGCAAAGCCUCGUGAGCACGAUAGACAUGCUGGAUCGUGUCUCGAAAUAUGUCGAGGGUGUGAUAGAAGAGGAGGUAGAACCAAGUACUGCGCUAGGCCAGUACCUGCUGAACACACUGGCAUUAGCACCAAAGGUCGAGCCUACCGACAUUGAGAGAAACUUCAACGAGCAUAUUCAAGAUGUACUUACAGUGUCGUACUUGGCCAAUAUGGUACGAACGCAGAUGGAUCUGAGCAAUCGCCUCGCGACCAGCACGUUGACCAUGGGUGGUGGACCAGUAGGCGGCACCGACAACAACAAGGAGGGCGGAGACAGGAAGCAGAACAGAGGUCCAAGACAGAAUCGAGGUGAAAGUAUCUCUGCUGCUUAG